AUGAACACGCUGGUGGUGUUGUUUUCUCUGAUGGCGUUAGCAGCGGCUACGCCUUCGAACUUACAUUCCGAAGUGCUAUCGUACGCCGCACCAGCUUUGGCUACACCUGCAAUCGCAGCGUUACCUGCCGCGGUCUCUUCCCAAUCCCGUAUUGACAUCAAGUCGUCACCUGCCUACGUCGCCACCGCUGCCGUCGAACCUAUUGCUCGCGCCGUUGUCGCUGAGCCAGCUGUCGUCGCUGCACCUGCUGUGGUGGCCCCCUCUGCUGUAUCUUAUCAAUCACGCGUAGAUGUCAAGUCGUCGCCAGCUGUGGUCAACUCUUACGUCUCGGCACCUAUUGCCACCGCCGCGAUAGCACCAACUGUCUUCAAGUCUGCUGCGAUCGCCACAACCGCCAUCGCAGCUCCUGCCAUCGCAGCUUCCGCCAUCGCAGCACCUGCCAUCGCUACAUACGCUGCCCCUGCACUGCUGAAAUCAGCUAUCGCUGAACCUGUACUUUUGAAAUCAGCCAUUGCUGGCCCUGCAGUGUUCAAGUCAGCUAUCGUCGCACCUUCAGUGCCCCUCGACACACCUGAGGUGCUUGCUGCUCGUGCUGCUCACUUCGAAGCGAAGACCCUAGCAAGUACUCACCUUAUCCACAAGCGCUCAGCACCUUUGAUCGCUACUCCAGCCCUCACCACCUAUAGUACGGCUCCCCUGGUGUCCACUUAUGCUGCAGCACCCUUGUUGUCUGCUAUUCCCAUUACCUACCCAAGUGCUCACCUUAUCCACAAGCGCUCAGCACCUUUGAUCGCUGCUCCAGCCCUGACCACCUAUAGCUCGGCCCCCCUAGUAUCCACCUAUGCUGCAGCCCCUUUGGUGUCUGCUGCCCCUAUCGCCUACCAAACCCCCCUUCUCACCAAGGCUUACGGCGUGCACGCGUGGUAA